AUGGAUUCGUCGGACGAAGAAGGAGAGAUUGUACCUGACUAUGUCGAUGAAUACUAUUUCGUCGAUCAAAGCGAGACACCUAUCAAAUUCUGUGUUUUGCCGAUCAAAUGGGACGGUGAAGAUUCAGCUGAUAGCUCAGGAGAGCCGGUGUUUUUGCGUGGCAUCACUGACGAUGCAGACGAGUCAUUUCAUAAGCUAGCCAAAGCCUGGAAGUUUGAUCUUUCUGAUGAACAUCCGAAGAUCACUGUGCUUCUACGUGGGAUGCACUGGAUAACUCUGCAGAAGCCAAGAGAGAGCUAUGAAAUUUUAGCUAGAACAACUCUGGCCACACUUAAGUGUCUUCACUUUGUCAAAAGGAAUCCGGAUGCAUCAACCGAUGAAUUGUGGAACAGUUUAGACAUAAUGGAUCGGAUUCAACCUACGGAUCUUGACUUAUCGGAUCAUGUUUCUCUAUUGUGUGAAGCUAUGAAAAGGGAUGAAGGUUUAACAAUAUCAAAGUGUUUGAGUACUUUUCUGGAGAAGACUUCACAAACAACACCUAUGGAAGCGGAACUUCCAACGCACCAUCAACAAGAUGUUCAUACACCAAAGGAACAGAACUUCACUGUUGAUAAUGAGAUAGACGAGGAUAACAUCAGCGAUGAUGAGUCUGAGAGUAACCUGCAGUUUGAUACAGUCUGCUCUAUUUGUGACAAUGGUGGUUACAUUCUGUGUUGUGAAGGAAGCUGCUUGAGAUCUUUCCAUCCAACCAUAGAAGAUGGAAUUGACACAGCGUGCGAAUCGCUAGGAUUCACUGAUGAAAGUCAAGUUCAUGCACUCGGAGCCUAUCUGUGUAAUAACUGUCUCUACAAACAGCAUCAGUGCUAUGCUUGUGGCCAAUUGGGAUCCUCCGACGAAAAUUCCUCUCAAGAGGUAUUUCCUUGUUCGGCGUCAAAUUGUGGUCAUUUCUAUCAUCCAAAAUGUGUUGCAAAACUUCUCUAUGCUGAUGAUCAAAUCAAAUCAGAGGAACUUCAAUCCAAGAUUGCUGCUAGAGAUUCCUUUUGCUGUCCUCUACACAUAUGCAAAAUCUGUAAAUUAAGCGAAAACAAGAGUCUAUAUGCGUUGCAUCUUGCUGUAUGCAGACGCUGCCCAACCGCUUAUCACAGAAAAUGUUUACCUAGGGAGAUUACUUCUGAACUCAACUGUGACGAGGAAACACCUCAGAGGGCCUGGGAAAAACUGCUUCCGUACAAUCGCAUUCUGAUAUACUGUUUGAACCAUGAGAUAGACAGCCAUCUUCUUACUCCCGCUAGAGACCACUUAAUUUUUCCUGAUAUAUCUGGUUCAAAAAGAACACAAAGCCAUGGGGUUGUACCGAUCAAAGAGGAUGUUCCUAGAAGUGUGACGGAUUCGGAGCAUUAUGAGGGUCUAUUUGAUCGUCUCGGUAUUAAUGAAUCUAGGAAACCAAAUGUGACCUUUAGUGUCAAUGAGUAUCUUACGAAACGGAAGAUGAAUAAUAAGUUGUCAGAAGAAGAAUGUCUUCCCGCCUUUGCAAAGCCUAACAGAGCAGGCAAGAAGAUUGAACAGAGGGACUCUUCGUUUAAUAGGGUGAUGGAUAUAAUGGAAGAAGUGAACUCUUCAUUUAACUUUGAUGAGUUCGUUAAGUCUCGUGGGGUAACCCAUGUGAAAUCCUACCAGUCAGGAUAUGAUGUUGGCAAGAACAUCACAAUGGGAUUAGUUCGGACUCAUGUCAAUGCCGCUCGAGCUGCGUUAAAGAUGUUUCAAGAAGGGCGCGAUGAAGAUGCAAGAGCUGUAUUUGAUCCAGAUAUCCUACUCGAACUCAUGAAGCAUAAGAGGAAGCUUGGAAUUUAUCUUUCGCCUUUUCUCCAUGGUAAGCGCUACACGUCGUUUGGUCGUCACUUCACAAAGCAAGAAAAGCUUAUAGAGAUAGUAGAGAGGCUCCAUUGGUAUGUGCAAAACGGCGAUACGGUAGUCGACUUCUGCUGUGGUUCUAAUGACUUCAGUUGUUUGAUGAAAGAAAAGCUUGUGAAAACGGGGAAGUCAUGCUUCUUCAAAAACUUUGAUCUCAUUCCACCUAAGAAUGAUUUCAAUUUCGAGAAGAGAGAUUGGUUGACUGUGAACAAAGAAGAGUUACCCGAUGGCUCUCAACUGAUAAUGGGGUUAAACCCGCCUUUCGGCUACAAAUCCAGUCUUGCUAACAUUUUCAUCAGGAAGGCUCUCGAGUUUAAACCGAAGAUUUUAAUCCUCAUCGUACCAAGUGAAACGAAAAGGGUCGAUGAGAUAGCGGGUUAUGAUUUGAUUUGGAAGGACACAAGAAUACUUUCUGGCAUGUCUUUCUACUUGCCCGGGUCGAUAGAUGUGGAUGAUAAAACGAUAGAGCAGUGGAACAAUUCACCUCCACCUCUGUACUUGUGGAGCCGUAGGGACUGGAGUAUAAGCCACUAG